UCUUUCGCACACAGGGUACCGGUCUUAACCACUGAGCCACUCCACCCCCAAAUCAUGAAAUCAUAAUGAAUUUAACUAUAUUGAAACAUUUAACAAUGCAAACUGUCGUCAGUUAGCUUUUAGCAUCAUCUCAACCUUCCUAAGAUGGUUGAUAGGAAUGUCUGUUGACAAGUUGCUGUCAUAUCACUUGGAGAACCUUCCAGUUGUGUUCGCAGGUCGUCAUUUUCUCAGUAGACAGUUUUAAACGGAGCGCCCCCUGAAGUUGCAAUUCCAGAUUGUGAACUCAUUCAGGGGCAACUGGAACACACGGCUAAUCCCUGAUGUUUGUCGUCUGUCAACGUUUCUCUGCACAUUUGUACAAAAAAUCGGUUGAAUUUAGAGUUGAAUGUGACAGCGGUGAGGUUUGUGUAUGAGCAUGACCUUCACUACAGUCUCCUCUAACUCUGAGUCUGUGUGUGUGUGUGUGUGUGUGUUCAGGUUGGAGCCAGCUGGCAGCCAUGCACUGUGUGAUGCUCCCCGACCUCCUCGGCCUGGACAAGUACAGACCUCCUCUGCUGGAGAUGUUGGCGAGGAGAUGGCAGGACCGCUGUUUGGAGGUACGAGAGGCAGCACAAGCUCUCCUGUUGGCCGAGUUGAGACGAAUCGGCCAAUCAGGACGCAAGGACACCAUCGACGCGUGGGCUCUGUACCUGCCUCAGUAUGUGGACAUGGUCAGCUCACCUGGGACAACCACAGAGUCCUCUCCUCAAGCUCCGCCCCCUCCUGAUGCCCAACCAGUGGAAACCAAGGCUCCUGAGGAGGAAAUGGACGUCACUGAUGAUGACAUCACAGCAGGUUGUCUGUCCAACCUUCCGCCGAACGCCAAGAAGAUCUCCAACUCCUACGAGGAGCGCCGCAAACAGGCCACCGCCAUCGUGCUGCUGGGCGUCAUCGGGGCCGAGUUCGGGGCUGAGAUCGAGCCGCCCAAGGGUCUGACGCGGGCGCGCACCGGUGGACAGGCUCCCGAGGGCUUCGGCCUGACGAGCGGAGGGUCGUCCAACUACUCACUGGCCAGGCACACAUGUAAGGCCCUGACCUUCCUGCUGCUGCAGCCCCCCAGCCCCAAGCUGCCCCCCCACAGCACCAUCCGCCGCACCGCCAUCGAUCUGAUCGGCCGAGGCUUCACCGUGUGGGAGCCGUACAUGGACGUGUCGGCCGUGCUCAUGGGACUGUUGGAGCUGUGUGCCGACGCAGAGAAGCAGCUGGCCAACGUCACCAUGGGUUUGCCUCUGAACCCGCCAGCGGAUUCGGCACGCUCUGCUCGCCACGCCCUCUCCCUCAUCGCCACGGCGCGCCCUCCCGCCUUCAUCACCACUAUCGCGAGAGAGGUUCACCGGUACAACGCGGCGCAGGCUAACUCUCAGUCGCAGCAGAACGUUCACACCACCACGCUGGCCCGAGCCAAGACUGAGAUCCUGCGAGUGAUUGACAUCCUCAUUGAGAAGAUGCCCGGAGACGUUGUUGACCUGCUGGUCGAGGUGAUGGACAUCAUCAUGUACUGUAUCGAAGGUUCUCUGGUGAAGAAGAAAGGACUGCAGGAGUGUUUCCCCGCCAUCUGCAGGUUCUACAUGGUCGGUUACUGCGAUCGCAGUCAUCGUAUCGCCGUCGGAGCUCGUCAGGGUUCAGUGGCACUUUACGACGUUCGUACCGGAAAAUGUCAGAACAUCCACGGUCACAAGGGUCCGAUCACCGCCGUGUCGUUCGCCCCUGACGGUCGUUACCUAGCAACGUACUCCAACGCUGACAGCCACAUCUCCUUCUGGCAGAUGAACAUCGGUCUGCUCGGCAGUAUCGGGAUGCUGAACUCUGCUCCUCAGCUCCGCUGCAUUAAGACGUACCAGGUUCCUCCGGUGCAGCCGGCGUCUCCGGGCUCCCAGAACCAUCUGAAGCUCGCUCGCCUCAUCUGGACGUCCAACCGUAACGUCAUCCUGAUGGCACACGAUGGCAAAGAGCACCGCUUCAUGGUCUAAAAAGAAUCCCCUGUAGCUCCGCCCCUUUGCCCCUCAAACCCGGCCUCGUGCGUGUGACACACCUGCACCUUCUUCUUCUUCAGUCUCGUAGUUUCACAGUGGUUUUUUGCGAUGUUUGUACGAUCAGAGGCUCGUUUACAUUUUAAACUUUGUUUUUUUAGUCGUCAUUCCUAUUUAUUUGCCGUUUCCUCCUAUGCAGUGGCGGCCAUUUUGAGUCCCAGUUCGGCUGUUGGACGACGUGAUUGCGAUGUUCGUGAUUAUCCUGACCAAAAAUAAUUUAAGGUAACAUCGCGACAAUCGUAAUCGUGUCUCCAGGAAAGUGCACGCAUGCUUGUGUAAACACACCCACUGUUCUGUUCUUUCAUAAAGUUUGGUUAGCGUCAGAGUUUGCAGUCCGAGGGUUUACGAUUUUUUGGGUUAGCAUAAACUGUAAGUGGGUGAAGAUGUUUACGUCAUAUGGGGUUUUGCCGACUCGCGUACGUUGAAAGUUUGACGUGAUCGUUACACACCUAAAUAAUUUUUCGCAGGUCGUAUACUUUUUUUAGUGAAAGUUUUAACGUGAAAAUUAAAAGAAUCGGAUCAUUUCAAACCUCAAAGUUCUUUAAUGAGUGGAAAGAUCGUAAAUUGUCUCGGCUCAAACAUUUCCAGAAAAACUACACUUGAUCACAUGUUUGACGAUGUGUCUUUAUGUGGACAGAGGCAUGAGGUCAUGUGACUUUGUCUCUGUGAUGUCAUCAUGUGAAGAAACACACGUGUCUCUGAACCUUUAACUUUAUUUAAAAGUUUCAUUUCAGACGAUCAUUGAUAAAGUUUAUAAAGUAAGUAUUUUUUUUAAACUCACUUUUCUUACUUUACCUCAGUAUUUUCCUCUUCUUUCUCUCCUCUUUUACUUCUCCUCUUCCUCCUCUCCUCUCCUCUCCUCACCUGUAAACUCUCCUCUUUCACAGCUUUUCACACAUUGUCGUCUUAGUUUGACAUUUUUCUCUUCAGCUCUUCACAGUUUUGGUAAAAUGUGUUUUUUUGCCGAGUCUCAGGAGACGAGAGGAGGAGAGGGUGAGAAGAGAGGGAGGAGGAGGAGUAAAUAAGCAGUGAGGAAGAGGAAGAUGAGUUUGUUCAGCCAGAAAACAGAGAAAAUAUUGUAGCUUUUCUGCUUUUAAUCAAACAAAAAAGAAGAAUUUUAGGUUUUAUCUUUUCCCUCUUCUUUCUUUCUCUUCUUCCUCUUCUUUCUUUCUCUUCUUGGACGUGAAGCACCUUUAGUUUCUCACACUUUAAAAACACUGUAAAACAAAAACAGUUGACAAACGUUUAAAUAAGUCUUCAAACAGUAAAAACUAAAUUAAAGUUCAUUCCUACGGAACCAAACCUCAUGUAACUUUAGUUUAAAUGGACUUCCUUUAUUUUUUAUUUAGUUUUUACCAUUUAUUAAACGUUUGUUUAACUUCUCUUUUAAAAGUCAGAGUUGUAUGGAAAACCAACAGUGUCACAAUUACACAUGAAUAAAGAGGGAAAAAAACAACACCACCAUCAACAAAUGUAGAAAUAAAUGACUGAAUGAACAUAAUUAGGUCUUUUAAAAAAGGUUUAAUCAUUCACUCAUUUAUCUAUUCAUAUAUUUCAUUCUGUGUUUCUACAGGAAAAAACAACAGAAAUAUUCAUUCUUAAUGUAAACGGAUUAUUUUUUCUUUUUCAUAUUAAUUUAGACUUUGAUGUGAUUAAAUAUUUAUUGUAUAGAGAAACAGAGUGGCAAUGAUAUUUAAGUAUGUGUGUGUGUGUGUGUGUGUGUGUGUAGUGCAUGUAUACAGGCUUCCCUUGGUGUAACAGAGCAGAUUAAAUCUAUUGUGUGUCAUAAACAACAUGAAAAUGUGUUGUUGUUGGUGUUUGUGUCCAAUAAAGAUAAACAUGAGACAGA